UCCACGCACCGAGAUUCUUUCGACCAGUAUCGGCAACUCCCUCCCCCCCUCUCGCUUGUCGGUGUUUAUGCGCCACUGUAAAUGUAGUCAACACUUCCCACUGUGCGUUAACUAUUUAUAACUUAAGUUGAAUAAAACUCGGUUAUGUGACCCCGCAGAAACGACUUGGGGAAAGUUUUUAUUGUUAACAAACAUGCAGCCCUAAAGGACUCAGGCUAACUCCUGAGAAGAUGGCAACAAGUACUUCUCCGUAAGAAAAGAAGCGAGAUGGGAAAAUGGGAGCUGACGAUGAACCCAGUGCAGGAGUGGGGUGAAGAAUCUGAGAAUAGUGCAGUCUAUGGGAUCACGCUGCACCGGGUGCCCGUCCCUUCCUGGCUCGACCCCAGCUCGAAUCCAUCAUGCGCUUUCGUCCAGUACCGAACCAACAAAGUGCGGCGUCUGAAGGCUGCCAGUCUGCAAAUGCUUGUGAGCCACCUCCUUGACCGCGCCUGUCUGGAACAGGACUACAGCAGGAUCUUCCUCUCCACAUACAGAACCUUCACCAGUACGACAAAGCUGUUAGAAAUGAUCUUCCAAAGAGACAGUGAAGCAUCAGAAUUGGACAACAGUGAAUGCAACCUGAGCCCUCUGUUAGCCUUUGUCCAGACCUGGUUGGAUGAAUACAGUGAGGACCUCAGGGAUCCUCCGCUGCACCCUGGGUUGCAACUUCUUUUGGAUCACCUUAGGAUCAGCUCUGCCAUGCAUGACCAACUGCACCGUCAGCCCAACUUCUCUUCGUUGGCUGGGCAAACUGAAAACCUCCUUAGGAGGUUCCAGAAAGAAGAAUCUGAGACACAUGUGAGUCCCGCUCAGGCAGAUGUGCCACAACAUGAUCAGCUUUCAGGUGAUGAGGAUUCAGGAUAUGAACACUUGCAAGAUCAAAGUGACAUUAUGGAUUUUUCAUCAAGAGCCAUCGCAGAGCAACUGACCCGCAUAGAUUCUGCUUUGUUUAUAAAAGUUGCUCCCUAUCAGUGUUUGGGCUGCAUCUGGUCACAAAGAGACAAGAAGGAGAACAUGUCCCCCACCAUAAGGGCCACCAUUGCACAGUUUAAUGCCAUUACCAACCUUGUCAUCAUAUCACUACUCUGCCGCCCUGCGUGUGUCACCUCCAGUCCUACCCCACCGCAACGAGCUCGGAUCCUGGAGAAGUGGAUCAGAGUAGCACAGGACUGUCGCCAUUUGAAGAACUUUUCCUCUCUCAAGGCAAUCCUGUCUGCCCUUCAGGCCAAUGCAGUCUACAGACUGAGAAAGACCUGGGCAGCAGUUAGCAGGGACUGCAUGGUUACAUUUGAUAACCUCUGUGAAACCUACCCUGAUGAAAACUGUCUUCUGACCAACAAAGAACUCCUGGUGGAGAAUAUUUCCAGCGGAGUAGUACCCUACCUGGGCACAUAUCUCACCGUCCUUACCAUGCUAGACACAGCCCUGCCAGACACAGUGGAGGCUGGGCUCGUAAACUUUGAGAAGAGGAGGAGGGAAUAUGAGGUUCUGUCGCAAAUCCAUGUACUGCAAGUGUCCUGUACUCUGUUCAACCUGCCUCAUUACCCCAGAAUUACUGCCUGGAUGCAAGGACAUAAACUGCUCACUGACCAAGAAAGCUACGAACUUUCAAGACAGUUGGAGCCGCCGGUGGAUGUGUGUUCACCAACCACUUGGAGCCACAGAACACUCACCAAAAAACUUUCCUCUCUCCUGACAAUAAGCGAUGGAUCCAAAAAGCUCCCAGCAGACCAGAUCAGUGUUUCAUCUUCAGGAUCGAGUGGUUCCGAGUUGGAAGAUCUUUCCUCUCCGAACUCUGCCUGUUCCAUCAGACUGCAGUCCUUCCACAGCUCUUGCAACAAUGUCUCCGAGGUCUUCUCUUCAUCUUCCUCCUCUUCUUCAUCGUCCUCUCCAUGCUCCUCGGCGGCCUUGUCUCCAGACUCCCAAACUCCCUCUGGCUCAUCUACGGACUCCCUCUGCUCCUCGGCCACUUCCUGUGCCGCUGCUCCGCCCUUGGGGGCUUCCAACCACAAACGUGGUGUCAAUGUGUCCAUGAUCUCCCUGCCCGUCUACAACCGCCAGGGAGCAGACUCCUGCAUUGUGAGGGUCAACGUGGACCUUGGUCACAACAAUGGCAACAUGUAUAAGAGUGUCUUGUUGACCAGCCAGGACAAAACUGCACAUGUGAUUCAGCGGGCUUUGGAGAAGCAUCACCUGGAACACAUGAACUGGCAGGAAUUCACUCUGACACAGGUCAUCUCGCAUGAGAGAGAGUUGCUGAUACCAGACAAAGCAAACGUCUUCUACGCUAUGUCCACUACUGCAAACUUUGAUUUUGUCCUGCGGCGGUUCCACAAAGGUCAAAAGAAACCACUGAGAGCCACUUCAAGUCUAGGGCGGUACACAAAAUAGAUCCACUAAAACAUCUUAUGGAACCUUUAAUAGUUUUAAAAGAAAAAAAACAAUGUUGAUCCUCUAUUGCUGGUGACAAAGAGGAGAAAAUGUGAAGCUCUUAUGGUAGCAAAGAAGAUGUUGCAAAAAAAGGCACUUUAUGAAACUUUCUCACUACAAUGGUGAUCGAACAUAAAUUUCUGAUAUAUUUUUAUUUCCUGGAGGGCUGAACUGAUUGGAAUAUCCACAUUUACCAACUUCAUUAGGCACAACAUUUCUAUCUUUACAAAGCUGACAAUGCUUUGGACUGACACUUUCACUCUGGUACUAAUAUUACAGUACAGUAUUGUAGUUACAGUGUAUGUUAGAUUUUGACACCACUCCAUACAUUAAUGGAUAGUUAAAUUAAUAUCUCUGAGACAGUUUCAAUCAAAAGAACAUUGUUAUCUUUGUGAAGGUAGCUUUUUUCUUUCUUUUUGACAAAGCUUCUCAUUAGAUUGUAACAGUGUAUUUAAUGUUGAGGUCAAUGUGUGUAUUUUAAUCAACCAAUUCCUUGACCAUUUCCCCCCCAAUGGUGUUCUUACCACAGAGAAUUCCACUGGUUGUUAGUGAUGGUAACACUACCCCUCCCAGAGCAUCAUGUAUUCCGCAUACUGUAUGUGGCCUACAAACGCUGACAAAUGGCUGCCUACAUCCCAACACUGUGCAGUGUCAUUAAUAGCCCAGGUGCUAAAAACCAAAAAGGGUAAUGGGGGUCAGAUGACGUGUGAAGAUCGCAAAACGAAAUCUGUGGCGCGUUGUGAUCCUAUCAAGCUGAACUGUGCUCCUGUGUCGCUGCGCUGUGCCAGCUGACAAAUGGGUGAUGGUGUUCUUACCCAGGAGCAAUGUGCUCCAUGGCCAGUUUCACCGCAACUCCUGUUGCUGUGAGACUUGCCAUAUUUGAUUGACAGCCCUGUCCGAAAGCUUGGCAUUCCCCAGUCUGGUUACCAUGGUAGCCAUAGAGACUUUGAUGGACAGGACGGGACGCACAUACCUGCAGUGAGAGACUAUUGAGAGGAACAUGUUUUCAGUGUUAGAUCAAUACACUUAAUAUUUAUAUAGUAAUUGUAUGGCAUUUUAAACCUACUGUGUUUCUCUUCAAUCUUAUUCUGACUGCACCUUUUAUUUGAUUAAUGUUGCCCUGGGUAUUUGGACUAGUAGCCAAUUUUAAAGUCGAAAACAUAAAUUGGGUGCCUAAUUUUAAGUGUUACUAUUUUCUGAUGAUAGUGAGAUUAUUUAAAAUGUUUAACAAAUAUUUAACGCAAUUGGUUCGUCAUGUUGAUCCUGAAUGAAACUGCUGCUUUAGUGUGUUGACCUUAGACAAGUUGUACAUCUUAUCAUUUCAAUAACAACAUUUGAUGCUGAAAUAGUUAUCCAAUGAGAUGCAUCACAAGUGCUUACUGUACAAGCGUGACAUAAUAGAACUGGUAGAAGGACACUAUUUCCUUGAAUUUAAUGUAGUAAUAAAUAUCCUGUCUUUUAAAAAAGAAUCUCAAGUCUGUUAA